CCCGUCGCAGAAAGAAGCCGCGGAUUUGGAUUUUACGCAGCUAGCAAAGCUAGCACGCAGCACUGUUAGUCAUAUUGCUUUCUCUGACUAUGACGCGAUUCUGAUGUAGAGACGGCGCGACAGCCUUUUUUUUUAAAAGUGCAAAGAUGAACCUCGACCGACUUCGAAAGCGAGUGCGGCAGUACAUCGACCAGCAGCAGUAUCAGAGCGCUCUGUUUUGGGCCGACAAAAUAGCAUCCCUUUCCCACGAGGACCCCCAGGAUAUCUACUGGCUAGCUCAGUGCCUUUACUUGACCUCGCAGUACCACAGAGCCUCCCACGCCCUCCGCUCACGAAAGCUCGACAAGUUGUACGGAGCUUGUCAGUACCUUGCUGCUAGGUGCCACUAUGCUGCCAAAGAGUUCCAGCAAGCCUUGGAUAUUCUGGAUGCGGAGGAGCCAGCGUGUAAGAAGCUGCUGGACAGGAGUGCAAAGGAGGACAGUGUGACGCCAGAGUCCGCCAAGGAUUGGGACAUGUCCCCCGCAUCUAUCAGCAGCUCCAUCUGCCUCCUGCGGGGUAAAAUCUAUGAUGCCAUGGACAACCGACCACUGGCCACCUCCAGCUACAAAGAGGCCUUAAAACAGGAUGUUUACUGCUUUGAAGCCUUUGACCUUUUAACAUCGCACCACAUGUUGACCGCGCAGGAAGAGAAAGACUUCCUCGACUCACUUCCUCUGAGUCAACAGUGCACUGAGGAAGAGGAGGAACUGUUGCACUUCCUGUUCGAGAAUAAGUUAAAGAAGUAUAACAAGCCCAGUGACUUGGUGGUGCCAGAGAUGGUCAAUGGUCUACAGAACAACUUGGAUGUUGUGGUGUCUCUCGCGGAGAGGCAUUAUUAUAACUGUGAUUUCAAGAUGUGCUACAAACUCACGUCAACGGUGAUGGUCAAAGACCCUUUCCAUGCCAACUGUUUACCAGUCCAUAUAGGAACUCUGGUGGAGCUUGGAAAAGCGAAUGAAUUGUUUUACCUCUCACACAAACUUGUAGACUUGUAUCCCAACAACCCAGUAUCCUGGUUUGCCGUUGGGUGCUACUAUCUCAUGGUCGGCCAUAAAAACGAACAUGCUCGGCGAUACCUUAGCAAAGCCACCACCCUGGAGAGGACUUACGGCCCUGCGUGGAUCGCCUAUGGUCAUUCAUUCGCAGUAGAGAGUGAGCAUGACCAAGCCAUGGCGGCCUACUUUACUGCUGCCCAGCUGAUGAAAGGGUGUCACUUGCCCAUGCUCUACAUCGGCCUGGAGUACGGUCUGACCAACAACUCCAAGCUGGCCGAGCGUUUCUUCAGCCAGGCUCUUAGUAUCGCUCCCGAGGACCCGUUCGUCAUACACGAGGUGGCAGUGGUCGCGUUUCAAAAUGGAGACUGGAAGACGGCAGAGCGGCUGUUUCUCGACGCGAUGGAGAAGAUCAAAGCCAUAGGGAACGAGGUCACUGUGGACAAAUGGGAGCCUUUGCUAAACAACCUGGGUCAUGUGUGCCGGAAACUGAAAAAGUACAACCAGGCUCUCGAGUACCACCGGCAAGCGCUGGUGCUCAUCCCUCAGCACGCGUCCACCUACUCCGCCAUUGGAUACGUGCACAGCCUCAUGGGCGACUUCGAGAGCGCCAUCGACUACUUUCACACGGCACUUGGACUGAAAAGGGACGACACCUUCUCUGUGACGAUGCUUGGUCACUGUAUAGAGAUGUACAUCGGUGACACAGAUGCCUAUAUAGGCACAGACAUUAAUGAUAAAGUGCGCAGCAGCCUGAGCACUCCGGCGCUGAUGAAGAUGCUGAACACGACGGAGGCCGGUGACCUCUCGGCGACACCACGGCUGGAGGACACCAGCAGCAUCACGUCUCUGGAAACGCCACUGUCGAACCAGGACAAGAUGAUGCUGGAGACGCCGCUCCGACUCGCUCUCACGCUGGAGUGCGACAUGUACGAGAGCGACGUCAUGUUGGACACCUUAUCAGACACCAGCACGUGAUGUCAUUCCUGUCCGGAGGUUGAACCGUCAUAUCAACAGGUCGUCAUGGGAACACAACAUCCAAGCCCCCCAGGACAGCGUUAAAAAAUUAAAAUGUCGCCGCCAAAGGUUUCCUGUGGAAUAUUCCCCCUCUUGUGCAUUAGAUAUGGUCGUUUCUGUAAGUGUCAAAAACAAAGAUGCCUUCGUGAACGUUAUGAAAAUUAGUAAAUGUGAUAUUUGUAUACAGCAACUGCUGUAUGUCAUUCAUUUUGCAAUGCAAUUGCACUAACGUGGGGUUGAGUAUUUGGUUCAGAACUGGACCUUUGGUUGCGGCGGCAGACGAUGGGAACUUGUUGAUCCUCUGACGCUCGGUUGUCCUCCUGACGAACCCCCGCACGUCUCGCGUCGCAACCGAAAGACUUGUAGUCACUUAUUGCUGCCUGUGGCAGGACGCUCUGCGUCGCUUAACCUGUGGAUUUUCACCUCGAGUUAAGAGCCAGCUGAAGUUGGAGCAGUUUUGGUGAAAUCAAUUCUUGCUAAUUCUUAAAAUAAACCAUGCAUUUAACUUUAAAAAAGAAA